GUACUUCCCGCCUGUUUAGGUGACGGCCAGCGGUACCCCGCCUCACGGGGCCCUCCGGGCGACUGCCUGGCGGCUUCAGCGCUGGUAAAGCUGUGUCUGUGUGCUGCGGCUGGGGAGGAGCUCCUCACGGGGCUGGUGAAAGCAACCGCGGGUUAUCAGGGGUAGCCGUGGCAUGGGUUUGCAUUGGUGCCUGGCGAUGCCUGAAGGACUGUCUCCAUAUAACCCAAAUGCAUAUUUACAAUGGAUAGUUACUGGAAGCUGCUCACUUCCAGUUUGUCUCAUGAGAGACUUGAAUUCUGUGGGCAGAUGCUGAAACAAUAAAUGCCACAAGAGUUAGCAGGAGUUACCUGUUUUAACAACAUAAACUGAGGGCUGACUAAGCAGUGAAAAGGGACUGCUGUCUCGCCUUCCUCGUGGGCCUUCUGUGGUCCUGUCUGAGCACUGUCUCUGUCUCGUACCAUGCUUUUCCAAGAGAAGUUCAAAAAGGAACAAACAUGGCCAGCAGUCACAGACCUCCAAUAGCUCGUCCCUCUUCAAGAGCAGGAGUAGGGCUGACUGCAAGGCCUGCCUCUUCAUCAAGAACUCCAUCAACAACCAGAAUAGGAACAGGGAUGCCUCCUAGUACAUCAAGACCCGGUUCUCGUGGUGGUUCUUCGACUACUGGAGGAGUCCUGUCAUCUCAGAUUAAAGUUGCAGACCGUCCAGUGACUCAACAGGGAUUAAGUGGAAUGAAAACUGCAAUGAAAGGUCCUCAGAGACAGAUAAUGGAUAAAACAUACUACCUUGGACUGCUGAGAAGCAAAACAAAUGAACUCACAACAGAAAUUAACAAGCUGCAGGAAGAAGUAGAAAUGUACAAGCAGGAGAAAUCUGUCUAUUUGUCAUAUGAAAAAAGGGCAGAGGCUUUAGCUGGUGAAAUCAAAGAAUUUCAAGGUCAACUAGCAGACUACAACAUGAUUGUGGAUAUACUUAACACCAAUACGGAUAUAGCAGAAGUGAUUCGAGAUUACAAUAUGUUAAAGGUUCAGAAUGACCGAGACGCUCAGAGUGUGGAUAAAAUUUUCACAGAAAGACAAGCCACAGAAAAGUUAAUUCAAGCUGUAGAAGAAGAUAUUGAACAUGAAAAGGUUGUAGCAGAUGACAUAAUAAAAGACAUGUCACAGGAAAAUCAAGCUAAAUAUAUGGAGAUGAAGACUGCAAAUGAAAAACUCUCCCAGGAAUUGGUUGCUCAACAGCAAGAAUUGGAUGCACUAAAUGUAAAGGAAGAGGCUCUAAGAGCUGAAAUAGCACACUCCCAGGUGAAACAGGAGGCUGCGCAGCUGUAUGAAAAGCUCCAUGACCUCGAGGAACGUCGAAAUCAAAUGAUUGCUGAGCAUAAGAACAUGGAAUCUCCACAAGAGGAAAGAGAGAGAUUACUAAAGCAGGUUAAGGAUGAUAGUCAAGAAAUAGCAAGCAUGGAAAGACAGCUGACAGAAGUAAGAGAAAAAACAAACCAUUUUAAAAAGAUCAUUCAACGACUUGAUAUGGAUCUGGAGAAUCAUCAAGAAGGAGAGGAAAAUUGGAAAUACAAGGAGCUGAAGAAGAGGGAAGAAAGCAUGGACAGUUUUCUUGAGACUUUUGAAGAGGUGAAGAAUCAAGAAUUGGAACGAAAGGCCCAAAUAGAAGCCAGCAUUGUUGCACUCCUGGAGCACUCAAGCAGGAAUGUGAAUCAUAUGAAACAAAUUUCAUCUGUUACCAAUCAAGAGCUGAAGAUUAUGCAGGAAGACCUCACUUUCAAAUCAAAUGAAAUGCAGAAAUCACAGAGCACUGCUAAGAAUCUGAUUACAGAGAGUCAAAAACUGCAGAUGGACUUACAGAAGAUGGAACUCUUGGAGGGCAAGAUGGUUGAUGAACUGGCUUCUCUUAAAGACAAAAUUGAACAAACAAAAAGGGAGCUGGAGGUCUACAAUAAUUUGCCAGCUCUGAAAGCAUCAGGAGAAGAGAAGAAAAAGAGGCUCCAGGAUGACAAAGAAAAAUUAACAAAACGUAGCCAUGCUUUCAAGAAAAUGAUGGAACAUUUGAAUACAGAGUAUGAGACACUGAAGAGAGAGCUGCAAGAGAAUGAGACACAUUCUCAGCUUACAAAUUUGGAGAGGAAGUGGCAGCACCAUGAGCAAAAUAACUUUAUGAUGAAGGAAUUCAUAGCAACAAAAAGUCAGGAGAGUGACUACCAGCCAAUAAUGAAGAACGUGAGAAAGCUGGUCACAGAAUACAACAAAGCUCUCAUAGAAGCUUUACAGAACACCAAGAACUGAACGCAGGCACUUCCUUCCUGCCCCAAUGGACCAACAAUGAGAGAUGUGCACAGGCAGCAUGGAAAGCUGAACUACUGAGUUCAUUCGCUCACCACUACAGCGACAGAUAUUCUUAAAAGUAUUUUUCCAGGUUUUCAGAAGUCAUGGGUUUUAAUAGUAUGCAUCUUUUUGCAACAUUUAAAAAUUUUAGAAAUAAAUUUCUGAAUUUCAGAAACUUGUAGAAAUAAAAAAGAAAUACUGCACAAUGAGUGUAAAAUCAUCAGAACAUUUUACUGAGGCCCAUUGCUGGAUUGCAUCUCAAAUGUGAAACUUCAGUCUGCUUUACACAAUGAAUCUCUUAAUUGUCUUGUAGUCCUAUCCCUGCCAAACAGAACAGGAGUUUUCCCUGAAUAAGGACUGUCUGACAGGCUCUCAUAUGCAUUAGCUUAAAUGAAUUGUAUAGUAAGAGAGAUGGUAAUAUCAGCAUACCAUUCCUAUUUUAAUAGCAAUUUAUAACAAGUAAAGAAAACAUCUAAGGAUGACAAGUAUCCUUUUAAGUCUGAAUUGCAUCAUAGUAUAAAGUCUUACAAUAAAAGCAAAUGUCCUUUGGA